CUGAGGACAGGGAUUAGAAACUUGGCCACGGGAUCGAGACAAAAGGCAGUGGGUGUGUCGUGCCCGAGCUGUAUUUAUUUAAGGAAACGGGCGUCUUCCCCUUGUGCCAAAAGAAGCUUUAUUCAUCCUUAUUUCGUAAGCUGCAGCGUCUCGUACAAGAAACCGUUCGUUUUCCUCUCUACACACACACAGUCAAAUCUGUCAAACAACACAACAAAAAAGCGUCAACACAGAGAUCCAAUCGCCAGAUCUAGAGCUUCUGUGCUACCCAGUCCAACAAUUGCACAAAGCGACACAAGAAAGCCUACAAACAAUGUGUUUCCGCGUGGAGCCAAAGGCCAAAUACUACUACCAGGAGGAAAUCAUUCCUUCACGGCCGUACCGCCAUCAUCACCACCACACCACCCAUCACCACCACUCGCCGCGAGCGAGCUACUCGGCGGUUGAGCGCUACAGCCCGCGGGUCAGCACCAGCAGCUACAGACGCAGCAUGCCGUCGAGAGUCGUGUAUGAGGAGACGACGCGGAGUCGGUACUGAAUGGGCUUUGGUUGGGAUCAAGAAUAUCGUGUGAUUUUGUUACGCUUUUUUUUCUAACGACUCUAUGGUACUGGUUAUGGGAAAUGAGACAUGUUAGAGGCUAGAAUAAUGAAUGGGCGAUCUGGGAUGGAAACUCGAGGCAGGCGACGGCUUCAAUGAGGAUAUGAGAAUCUGGAAAGCGAUGACGGGCGUUGGAUACAUAUAUUUCGCCUUUACGCUUUGAAUGAAUUAAAUUACAUGAGAUACAUUCUAGAUGCCUUGUAGUGUUGCGUCCAAAGGCCAUCCGCCUUGCUUGAUAAGUCGUAGCCGCUCUGAAUGAGCGCCUCAUCAGAAGCCUCCCCCGAAUCUCACCAGCCAAAGCUGGCCUCGAUCAACCAAGAGGGCGGGGUGUCCUUUAUCUCAUCAUCACCACUAAAUUACUGGUAUCCAUUGAUCUCUUUUUCGAUCCCAUAUCUUGCGCAUCGCUCAAGU